AUGAAGUCAUUGAGGUCCAAUAAAAUUGAAGAACAACAACAUCAGAGUUUUCCCGACGAGUCAACAACUGAAUCUACUAGCACAGGGAUUGGCAAGAAUCUCAUAGUUGAAGAUGAUUUGAAAUCAACAUAUGCUGUAGAUUCACCUGCAGGUGCAUCUGCAUCUCUUCCAGAAGCUGCUCAAAUUUCCAGAGAUAUUGAUUUGUCUCCUGGUCAACCUUUACAAUCAAAUCAAUCUGCUGGCCACCUUGGUGUCAUUGGAAGAAGAAAUGGUGUUGAACUUGGAGCCAUUGGUGAUAGCUUUAGUGCAUCAAGUGUUAAUUCUGGUGGAGUGCGCGAUCAACUAUAUAAUUUACAAAUGCUUGAGGCAGCACAUUUUAAAGUUCCACUAGCUAAAGACUCAGAACGUCCUAGAACCUAUACUCCUAGGCAUCCAACAAUUACACCUCCUAGCUAUCCACAAGUUCAAGCGCCAAUAGUUAACAACCCUGCCUUUUGGGAGAGAUUAGGUCUUGAGGCAUAUGGCACUGACACCCUGUUCUUUGCAUUUUAUUAUCAACAGAACACAUACCAACAAUAUUUGGCUGCAAAGGAGCUAAAGAAGCAGUCUUGGAGAUACCACCGAAAGUAUAAUACAUGGUUUCAGCGGCAUGAAGAGCCCAAAGUUGCUACAGAUGAUUUUGAGCAGGGAACAUAUGUGUACUUUGAUUUUCAUAUUGCAAAUGAUGACCUGCAACAUGGAUGGUGUCAAAGAAUCAAGACGGAAUUCACUUUUGAGUAUAAUUAUCUUGAAGACGAGCUUCUUGUAUAG